AUGGCAGGGCUGGAUGUGGCCGUGCCACCAGCGUCUGACUGCCGGCUUUUCCUCCCCUCACUGCCGUUGGAAGGGCUCUUCUGCAACCGGACAUUUGACAUGUAUGCCUGCUGGCCUGACGGGAGCCCCGGCACCGCCGUCAACGUCUCCUGCCCCUUCUACCUGCCCUGGUUUGAGAAAGUGAAACACGGGUUGGUGAGCCGCAGGUGCGGCACCGACGGGCAGUGGGUGACAGUGAACGGCAGCCAGCCCUGGCGGGACUACUCGCAGUGCGAGGAGGAGAUGGAGUCCACCGCUGAGGAGGUGGGAUGCCGCGGCCCAGUGCUCUACACCGUGGGGUACUCGCUGUCACUCCUGACCCUCGUCUCCGCCCUGCUCAUCCUCACUGUCUUCAGGAAGCUCCGCUGCACCAGGAACUACAUCCACGCCAACCUCUUCGCCUCCUUCGGGCUGCGGGCAACCUCGGUGAUGGUGAAGGACGCGCUGCUGGAGAAGCGCUGGGGCAUGGAGGUGGUGCAGGUGGCCGACUGGGAGGCCCUGCUGAGCCACCAGGCAAGCGCUGCCCCACGGCGGGGCCUGGUCCUUGUGGGGCAGGGACCGGGGGGGGCCCCCCCCCCGGGAGGGGGACCCUCGCCCCGGGAAGGGGUAUACAGCUGGGUGCUGAUGCCCGGGCAGCCCCAGGCACCCGGUGGACAAGUUCUUGGGGUGCCCGUGCACCUGAUGGGGACGCCGGUGGUGUUCGUGGUGCCCUGGGUGGCUGCCAAGUACCUGAAAGAGAACGUGGAGUGCUGGGCGCUGAACGAGAACAUGGCUUACUGGUGGAUCAUCCGCAUCCCCAUCCUGCUCGCCUCCCUGAUCAACCUGCUGAUCUUCAUGCGGAUCCUCAAGGUGAUCCUGGCCAAGCUCCGUGCCAACCAGAAGGGCUACGCGGACUACAAGCUGCGGCUGGCCAAAGCCACGCUCACCCUCAUCCCCCUCUUCGGUAUCCACGAGGUCGUCUUCAUCUUCGCCACCGAUGAGCAAACCACGGGCAUCCUGCGCUAUGUCAAGGUGUUCUUCACCCUCUUCCUCAACUCCUUCCAGGGCUUCCUGGUGGCCGUGCUCUACUGCUUCGCCAAUAAGGAGGUGAAGUCAGAGAUGAAGAAGAAGUGGCAGCUCUGGAAGCUCGACCACCCGGCGCUCUGCUGCGCCCAGUGA